AUGAGAUGCUUUGUUGAAGAUAUAUACAAAAGUAAUUCUGUUAAUUCUGCUCUCACAAGUCCCACUCAAGCUCCCUUUCUUCCUGUCCUUUCCAAACUUGUCUGUUCAUCCACACCUGUCCUUACCUUGCCAUCUGCCUCCUCCACAAUUGUUCAGCCACCAUUCAUUUUGCAAGCAUUUGUGGAUUCUUCUGAAACUAUCAGAAUUCCUAUCUUAGGCAACGAACCUCUCCCACCUACAUCCUUCCCACUUUCAGUUAGUAAACCUUCUUCAAUGGGUGAUAUUGAUUAUCCCCAUUUGUUGGAAUACUAUAAACUCGCGUACCUCACUCCUGAUCUCGUCCAUUAUCAAAAUGCUGCUGCCUCUCCAUUCUUUGUUGACAAUCAGAUUAUAAAGUCAAAAUCAAUCAAUAUUCUUGGCCAAGUGUACUAUGGCAAUAAUGACACCACUGGCCAUGGAUCAUAUGUUCAAUCAUUGUUUCUUGGCAGUGAUGGAAGUACAGAAACAACCUUCACUUGUCAAAUCAAGUAUAUCUCUAUUCAUUCAUUUACUCCUCCUCCAAUGUUGCCCUACUAUGAAGCCAAUUCCACUCAUCAUGAUCAACAUGUAUUUGCGUUUGUCAACUGGCUUCUAUUACUUGGAGAUAAAUCACAAGAGAAAGAUGGAGUUGAUAUUUGUGGUUCAACACCUUUGCCAUCAAACUAUCAUUCAAUUUUGCCUGUACAUAGAAUCUCUUUAGAAGUAGCAAUUGCUAAUCAUACAACAGGACUUGUCCAAAAAAAACUGGUAAUUACCUUACUAAAAAAGCUUUAUGCUUAA